AGGGGCCGUCUGUCCAGGUCCUGCUAGCCUCUAGCCAGAUGUCGUGAGGAAGCGGUGGAGAUGCCUGUUUGAAGCCGCUUCUCCCGCUUCAUUUCCAGAUGCCUCUUUGGUUGAGUAACUUCUCAUUUUGGAUAUUUUUUUUUGUUUCCAUGCUGGAGCACAUAUUUGCACAGAAUUUUUGUCCAGAGGUCACACAAUGGCUUUUGAAAGAUGGCUUUCACAGAGAUCUCCUGACUAGGGUAAACCUUGGUACAGUUGAUGAAGGCACAGGAAACUGCAUGGUGGCAAUUAAAAUUCACCUUCCAAAAGGAUUAUAUGUGGAUCCCUAUGAACUGAUAACUUUACAUAAACACAAUAUCACUGAGGCUUUGGUGGUUGCUGAUUAUGUAGAUCUGGAAGUUCCUGAGUAUUUAGCCGCUGAAAUUAUUGUCCUCGUUUACAUGAAACCUGAUCCUGACUGCUUAUAUUGUUUUAGAGCAAUUUUACCUCUGCACUGCCGGUACCACCAGCCAGCAGAGGUUGAUGGAGAAAUCUCUGUCAUACUGAAAAGUCCCGAAAUAUUGAUCCAUUGCCAGAAAUCCUUCCUAUCAACGGAAUGUUUGAAAGAAACCAAAAUAGAAGCUCCAUGUUCCUGGAAGAUUAAACAUAACUGCCAUUGGGAUAGCAUGAAGUUUCAAGCUAUAAACCGGGAACUGAAAUUGCAGAUACCAGUUGGGCUCAAACAUCACCUUAUCUUAGUAUGCACAGGAACUCUUGUUACCACUAUAUUAUGCUCUGGCCUUAUUCUUUCAGCUGUAUUCAAACAUGGAGACUUUUUGUUGGUUCAUAGCUCAUUGUGAAAUGAGACAAGACUUUUUUUAUUUGAAUCAUCAUGGUAAGACUGUCAAACUGUAAACAGAUCGAUCAAACAAGAUAUAGGAAGUGAAGAACAGACUUGUUGUGAUUGGCACAGCAUUACUAUUUGGGAGUCAGCCCAGUGCCUUAUAGUCAACUGUUGGGUAUUAUAUUUGUCUGACUGUAUUGCUUUUAACCAAUUGUUUUUCUAGAAUUUUAUACAAGCUUUCGGAGUAGUCUGAUAGUUAUCAGAUAACUGUUACAUACUUUAAAUUAUUUUAUGGUGAAACCUGUACACUGGAUUGAACACAUUUGAUAAAACAAGUUCCAACUCUUGAAAGCUUAUGCUGGAAUAAAUUUUGUUAAAUUUCCAA